GCUGACCCUUCAGGUUUCCUACAUCCCUCCUCCAGGAUCGCUCCCCCUCUUCCAGCCUCCCUCGCAGCCUGAGCCUCUUCCCCACAACAACCCCACUGUGGAGCUGGACACGGUCACAAUGAUUUCCCUGGACACGCUGGGUGAGGAGGACACGGAGAGUUUGAUGAUGCUGGAGCCCACAGAGGACCAGGGGCCUGAUGACGGGCGGUCCAUGGUCGUCGUGGGCCCUCAGGGGCCCCCGGGCAAGGAGUCUCCCACCACCAACCACAUGCCCAAGCGUUCGCCGCCGUCCUACAACGCGCAGGGAGGUCUGAGGAAGAAGAGGAGGGGAGCCAGCAGUCAGCACAAGCCUCUGCCCAACAAACCUCAGGACCUGCAGGUUCGUGUGCGGGUCAUCGAGGGGCGACAGUUGCCGGGCAUCAACAUCAAGCCUGUUGUCAAGGUAACAGUGGCCGGGCAGACAAAGAGGACCCGCAUCAGAAAAGGAAACAGCCCUGUGUUUGAUGAGACGUUCUUCCUGAACUUCUUUGAGACGCCGUCAGACUUGUUUGAUGAACCCAUCUUCAUCACCGUGUGCGACUCUCGCUCUCUCCGAACUGAUGCUGUGAUCGGUGAAUUCAAGUUGGAUGUCGGCACCGUCUACAAUGAGCACAGACAUUGCUUCCUGAGGAAAUGGUUGCUGCUGUGCGACCCUGACGACCUCACUGCGGGGGUCAAAGGUUACCUGAAGGUCAGCCUGCUCGUCCUGGCCGCUGGAGACGAGCCACCGGCUGAUAAACGUGAGUGUGUGGAGGACAAAGAGGACAUCGAAGGAAACCUGCUGAGGCCGGCCGGUCUGUCCCUGAGAGGAGCCGCCUUCACCCUGAGGAUCUUCAGAGCCGAAGAUCUGCCGCAGAUGGACGAUGCCUUCAUGGACGGGGUGAAGCACAUUCUUGGGUUUGACAGCAACAGGAAGAACUUGGUGGACCCUCUGGUUGAGAUCCACUUUGCCGGCAAAACAAUCUGCACGAAGAUUCUGGAGAAGAACGCCAACCCACAGUGGAACCAGAGUCUGGCCAUGCCCAUUAGAUUUCCCUCCAUGUGCGAGAAGAUGAGGAUCAGGAUUCUGGACUGGGACAGAGCCAGUCACAACGAUGUCAUCGGCACCACCCACCUCUGUAUGUCUAAGAUCUCCGCCCCCGGAGGAGAGAUAGAUGAUGACUUGACUCCGCGGACCGUCCACCCUGGCAUCGACGACAGUCUUGGUUUCCUGCCGACAUUCGGUCCGUGUUUCGUGAACCUGUACGGCAGCCCCAGAGAGUUCACCGCCUUCAACGACCCGCACGAGAAUCUGAACCUCGGAAAAGGGGAGGGUGUAGCGUACCGAGGACGAGUUCUAGUUGAACUAACCACGAAGCUGGUGGACAAACCGGAGCAGAGAACUGAAGACAUCCCGUCAGACGACCUGCUGGUGGUGGAGAAGUUUCUCCGGAAGAGGAAGUACUCGCUCUUUGUGGCGUUUUACUCGGCCACGCUCCUCCAGGACGUCGACGAUGCCAUCCAGUUCGAGGUCAGCAUCGGUAACUACGGCAACAAGUUCGACUACACCUGCCUCCCUCUGGCCUCCACCACCCAGUUCAGCAGGGCGGUGUUCGAUGGUUGUCACUACUACUACCUCCCGUGGGGAAACGUGAAGCCGGUGGUGGUGGUGUCUUCCGAGUGGGAGGACAUCAAACCGAGGAUCGAGGCUCUCAACAUGUUACUGACCAUCAUUGAACGACUGGAGGCCAACCUGCAGCAGGUGCAGCUGGAAGUGAACACAGGAAGUGAACUGGAGGAUCUGGAGCUGCGAGUGGUCGAGCUGCUGGAUCAGGUCAUCACAGACUGCAGUGUGGAGCUGCCCUCUCUCGCCCAGUGGCAGUGUGCGACUCCGCUGGACCGAUCCCUGAGGCACAUUCGCACUCUGCACCUGGAGCAGAUCGUCGCGGCCGCGCUCGCCCUCAAACACGGGCCGGCCACGGAGCUGUCCACGGUGCUGGAGCAGGCCGAGGACUGGGCCAACAGGCUGCGCACCAUGGCCGAGGAGCCUCAAAACAGCCUCCCGGACAUCGUGAUUUGGAUGCUGCAGGGCGACCGCAGGGUGGCUUAUCACCGCAUCCCGGCACACACUGUCAUCUUCUCCCAGGAGCAUUGUGGGAAACACUGCGGACAGCUGCAGACUGUCUUCCUCAAGUACCCGCAGGGCAGCGGUGCAGAGGCCAAACUUCCCGGUCAGCUGAGAGUCAAACUCUGGUUUGGUUUGGCUGCGGACGUCAAACAUUUCAACCAGUACGCUGAAGGGAAACUGUCGGUCUUCACUGAAACGUAUGAGAACCAGACUCGGCUCGCCCUGGUGGGCAGCUGGGGAACAACAGGUCUGACCUACCCCAAGUUCAGUGACGUCACAGGAAGAGUGAAGCUGCCGAAAGAGAGUUUCAAACCGUCGCCCGGCUGGACCUGGGCCGGAGACUGGUUCAUCAGCCCUGAGAAGACUCUGCUGUUCGACGUGGACGCCGGUCACAUGACCUUCACAGAGGAAGUGUUUGAAAACCAGAUGAGGUUACCAGGCGGGCAGUGGAUCGGCAUGCCGGAGGGAUACACCGACGUGAACGGAGAGAAGGCGGUGCCAAAGGAUGAGGUGGAGUGUCCGCCGGGUUGGGCGUGGGAGGAGGUGGAGUGGAGUGAAGAUCUCAACAGAGCUGUAGAUGAUCAAGGCUGGGAGUACGGUAUCCCCAUCCCCCCUGACCGCCGUCCUAAGUCGUGGGUGCCGGCAGAGAAGAUGUACCACACCAACCGACGGAGGCGGUGGAUGCGGAUGAGACGGCGAGACCAACAGAAGAUGGACGCUCUCAGAAAGCAGCGUCCGGACGAGGCGGAGCGGGAAGGCUGGGAGUACGCGUCGCUGUUCGGCUGGAAGUUCCACCUGAAGCCGAGGAAGACGGACAGCUUCAGGCGCCGCAGGUGGAGGUGUCGCAUGGAGCCUCUGGAGAAGACGGGCCCGGCCGCCAUCUUUGCUCUGGAGUGUUCUCUGAGCAGCAUAGAGGACAAGAGCGAAGACAAGUCGGUCACGACCACGUUCGGAGUCAACAGACCCACCAUUUCCUGUUUCUUUGACAGUGGCAGCCGCUAUCACCUGCGUUGUUACCUGUACCAGGCCAGAGACCUGCGGGCCAUGGACAAAGACAGUUUCUCAGACCCGUACGCCAUCGUGUCGUUCCUCCAUCAGUCCCAGAGGACGGUGACGGUGCGAAACACUUUGAAUCCCACCUGGGACCAGACGCUCAUCUUCUACGAGCUGGAGAUUUUCGGUGACCCCGACGCCAUGACGACCAAUCCUCCCAACGUCGUAGUGGAGCUUUACGAUCAGGAUACAUAC